AUGAAGGUGGAUGAUGAAAAGCUCCGUCCACAGGAGACUCCACCCUCGUCAUCCCCCACUCGCCAGAAAGCUUCUACCUUCAGCCGAGUGUUUGCCUCUCCCCGCAAGCGUAAGGAGUUGGAGAUGAAGCAGCAACUUGCGUCUCAGCAGCAGAAGAGCCGAGAUGUCAAUGCUCCCGUCUGGCAACGCUACCGCUUGUCUCGACGCUAA